AUGCGACAAGCCCUCAACAUCUCCCCCAAAGUCGACAUCCUGCACCACAUCAGCCGCCUCCCGACCCCCGAAUCGCGUCUCGAAGCCACAAACAAAAUCAAAGCCAUUGAGCGCACCGCCAUGGAAUCACAGCAGCCUCAACCGGGCUUAGUGGAGUUGAUGGAUUUCUUGGAGGAGAGGGGGGUCAAGAGAGCUUUGUGUACGAGGAAUUUUGAAGCACCCGUCCUCAACCUCCUCAACAACCAUCUCCCUGCACAUGUCUUCCUCCCUAUAGUGACGCGUGAAACACCGGGGUUGUUGCCCAAGCCGGAUCCAGCAGGGAUAUUGCAUAUUGCGAGGGAGUGGGGGGUGCAGGAUGAGGGGGGGAUGGCCGGGGGGUUGAUUAUGGUUGGUGAUAGUCUCGACGACAUGACGGCUGGACAUACCGCCGGUGCGGCGACAGUGCUCUUGCUCAACGACCAUAACGGACAUCUUAAAGACCACGCGCAUACGGAUCUCUGUAUCGAGAGGCUAGAUGAGUUGAUUCGCAUCUUAGACGAAGGGUUCGUGGGACAUCGCGGGGGUGAGAAGGUGCCUACGUCUACGGAUAAUGCCAUGGAGAAUGGCGUAUAG